AUGAUGAAUUUUUAUCCAGAUUCAGUUGAUACGAAGGCUUACGUUGGCUCACUUGUUACCGACUACGAACAGAAAUCGCCUGAGGAUUGCUCACAGAAGACCACGAUGUCCGAUUGUUGUUUCGAACCUAUUGCCGGUAUAGGCACCUGCUUCAAUUCUCCCUCGGACAACGGCGACCUUAAGAGGUACGACACUCCCUUGGAUGACUUGGACACCAACUCGGUUCCUGACACUGACUACGUUCCGGAGUUCUUUGACAUUUACGGGUCUGGUGAGUCUCUCCACAAGGUCUACUCAAGUCUGGGUCUGAGGCCAGAGUGGGACGAUUCUUCGGACCACAAGGAUGACGAUUCGAAGGAAGUUGACAUGACCACCUCGACCACCCUGUGCUCUGACUCAGGGUUCAAACUCUUUCCAUUCGCGUCGAGUGACCUCUUCUUCGAGGACGAUUUUAGGUACAUCACCUCCAAAUCUAUAAACACGAAAUAUAACCUGACUUCCGAUAUUCCGGAUAAAAACGAACAGCCCAACGUCACUCAGAAUUUAUUGCAUCCACUGAACCUGGAGGAGAAGGUGAAUUAUGAACAUUUAAGUAAGAAUGACAAGGCGGCUGAACCUAAAACUCUCUUUCAACCCGAUGAAGUCAAGAAGGAGUGCCCACUUGAUAAAGUUGACUCAGGUCAACAACCUCUAGAAUUUAAGGUUAAGACUGAAAAUUCGAGCCCCGUUGCCAAUGAUUCGCGUACGAACGAUGACACUCAAUCAAAUACGCCCAGCGCCAACCUCUUAACCAACAACUUGUUUAUAAACAGCAGGGGUUUUGGGACUUUAGAGUCCACCCACCUCGGUGUGUACGACAUCAUGCCCCCCUUGCUUUUCAACGGGCCUGUUUACAACCUGGGCCCUCUAUUGGAGGCAGAUUUGUACAUCUCGCCCAACCUGUGCAACAGACACAACGGCCUGGUCUCCAGAUUCCCCGUCAACACGAACUAUUGCGUGUACAGGGGCGCCGACUACAACAAGUUGGUGUGCAGCUGCAACAUGAGCCGAGUCAACGGGUCAAAUUCUCACGCAACGAGUUGCAACGUGGUUGCUGGGGGCGUAGAACUGUCGACUGAGUCCUGGCCGAUCUCCAAAGCGUCGCAGAUGUACUCGCUCAUCACCAACUGGGACCGCGUGAUGAAGAAGUACAAGAGGUCCACUCCCACGCUUACCGAUUUCAAUGCGUACUACGUGCACGAGGAGUGCAACCCUCCCAUUCUCCUCGCCCCGACCGAAGAAGCCAAGCUGCACUCCUCAGGAAUCGCUGCCAUCAAUUUCGACAAUUUUAAGAGCGCGAACUACCUAAUUUCAGAAAUCACCGGGAUAAAGUUGAAUAUUGACCCUUCGGACCAGUUCUCGCUUUCUAACAUUGUCCCUGAAAACUUUAAGCCCGAGGACGUGACGAAGCGGCGAAAGACGAGCAAGAACAAGUCUCCCGAGACUCUCACUCCUCCCCCCUUUCCCCCCGAGGUUGACCUCUCCUCACUCAGUCCCAGCACUGAGGACGACGGUAAAUUGGACAAGAAGGACCCUAAUCAGCCUGGCGGCGAGAAGGUUAGCGGCGUUUGGUACGACACCAAUCGACAUUUGUGGAGGGUCGUGUACAUGAAGGGCAACAAGCGACGCACUCAGGGGUUCAGCUCUCUCAAGUUGGGUUACGAGGAGGCCCGGAGAAAGGCUAUUCAGAUGAGAUACGAGAUGGUAUCAAUGAAGCACACGGAUAGGCUAUGA